UUAAUUCACUGCUUCUCACGCGGAUGCCAGCGUGUUUUGAUGGCGGGUGGGUUUUUUUUCCCCAUGGAGGAUUGACGAUCAAACGCUGAACAGCAAAGAUGUUAGGAAUUCAAAAGUAAACCCCCCCUUCCCCCCAAUUGAAAGCAGGCGAGUGGGAAGGGAUCUGAUCUGAUUUGAUUUGAUCUGAUCUGAUCUAAUCUGGGUGGAUCUGAUUGUGUCUUUGUGGGGUUUUGUUAAUGAUUUAUUUUUAUUAUCAGUGUGAUGUGAAUGUGGAUGCUGGGAGCGCAAACUUCAAGCAGCUGUUUGGACUUCUUGUGUAAAAAAAAAAAAAAUGAGCGUGGAUGAUAUGGACAUCUGGUUACAUCUGGAUAGAUUGGUGGAGAGAGAGAAUAAAAGUCGCGCUGUGGCAACAAUAUAAAUACAGAGCUGUUGUGCCAGGGAUCAACUGAUGCAACCCUUCCAGUGGUGUAACGGAGCGUCUCCGCAUGGACUGCAUACCUUUCUACUUGUGUGAGGCUUCCGGUGUCCCAGGUGAUACAUUGUUGUUUGAUUAUAGCGGCAAUUUCUGGUUUCAUGCCGUUCAUAAAGCUGUUUCUGAGAUGUGCCUCCCAUGCUGUGACGGCCACCUGCCCAGCUACCAGAGCAUCGGGUUUCUCCAAGCCUGAGUUUGCAUCAUGGAUCUCAGUGAGCCUGGACAGGGUGCUUCUGCAGUUUGGGUUCGAUCUUCUCCAAUAAGUCGUGCGCUAUGCCACCUGUCACGUUUCAGGACCUGCCAAUCAACAUCUAUAUGGUGAUCAUUGGGACAGGGAUCUUCGUCUUCGUGCUCAGCCUUAUAUUCUGUUGCUACUUUAUAAGUAAGCUGAGACACCAGGCACAAAGCGAGAGGUUUGGAUAUAAAGAGGUGAUCCUGAAAGGGGACACAAAGAAGCUGAAUCUUCAUGGGCAGACGUGUGCCGUGUGCCUGGAGGACUUCAAGGUGAAGGACGAACUGGGAAUCCUGCCGUGCCAACACGCUUUCCACAGGAGGUGUGUGGUGAAGUGGCUGGAGGUGCGGUGUGUGUGCCCCAUGUGUAACAAGGCCCUGGGUGGAGGAUCGGAGCAGCACCACAGCUUAGGCACUCUGCUGGAUGAGCUGGUCUAGAAUAGACGAAAAUGGCUCGAGUAUGGAGAGACGCUUUAACUGUCACCAUUUCAUUCGAAAUCUGACUCGGAGCUGCUGGACUUUUUGGCUGACGCCGGCCUCGUCUCAAACUGGAAUUAUGAGUAAACAGAGGAGAAACAUGGCCGAAGAAGUAGGAGCUGAGAUGAACCAUGCACAUUCCAGCAAUGCUCUGUACACUGCCACUUAACUGAACACUGCCACACUGCCACUGAUGACACCGAGCGGGUUGUACACAAUGCUGCCUGCAUCUGUGUGUGUGUUUUAUCACUAACUCCAGCAACAUUCUCACAAACUAUAAACUGUCUUUCUGAAACACCAGCACGGAUUCUUGAUGUUUCUAGACUUGAAACAAUAAUAUGAUUUCAUAGACUACGAAUCAUGAGAUUUUCAUACAAUGCAUUGAACUAGUUUUUCUGUUUUCUUAGGCUUCUGUUUACAAUUUUCUGGGUCAGAAAUUAGCUCCGCCCCCAGCCACACCAGAGCUUUGCCUCUUUUUUUCCCUAAAAGAGUAUCCAUGAGUUAUAUAAGGCUGCAAAAGAAGAAGUCGUCUUGUUACAAAUGUUUUUCAAUUGGAAGAUGAAUGAAGGCUAUAAAUCGCAUACUGCUUCUUUAAUUUUCAACAGAUGGCCAGCUCUCCUUAUAACAGUUCUAGAUUAUAGAGAUUGGCGGUGUAAAAAUUAUAUAAAUAUAAUAGGGGAUACAAACACCCAAUAAGUAAAAUAUGGCCACUGAGCAUCAAUUAGCUAAAUCGUUAGCCUAAUUCAUUCACUACUUUAAGCUUAGUGGCCAUAUUUCACAUAUUCUGUGUGUUCACAAAGGCUCUAAAAAAAAUCACAUACUGCUUCUUUCUUUUUAAACAGUUCACCACUUUUGAUUGGUUGUAUUGCUAGGAAGAAAAUAUAUCAAAAAAUGUUUUAUGGAAUACAAACACAAUACACAAUACAUAUGGUCACGGAGCAUUAGCUAGCUAAUACAUUAUGAUAAUAUUUAGCCACUAAGCACAUAACUGUUCAGUCUUUUAUACCAGAAACAAGACAAACCAAUCGCAAAUAUCAAUGUUUACCUCAGAUGUGUUGGUAAAUAAGUAAGAAAAGUCUCUGUAAGACUAAAAUUACACGGUAAUUGCAUUUAGCAUUGACCGCUAACUAAACUACUUUGGAUUCUACCAUAUUGAGAAGCAUCAACAACUCCUGAACUGGAAGCUAUUUAAAAAAAUCACCAGCGAAUUAAUCAAUAUUGAAUCUUGAAAACACGAUAAAUACACAACCUCCAUUUUAACACAGAUCCCUUCAUGUAAGAAUUGUUGUUGCUAGGCAACUUGGAAAUGAGACCCUGAGCAUAAACUAGCUAGUGACAGAGGCUUGCUAGCAGAUUCAGUUAGCUAGAUUAUAACAGGUCUUUUUUUUAUGGAUAAUCUAAAGGCAAAAUGACAGCAGAAAUGACCCAAAACUGCCAGGAAUAUCAACAUUUCUCUCAGAGUGUUGGUAGAUUACAAACAAAAUGCUUUCUACAGCUAAAAAACACUAUAAUUCCUAAACUGCUAAUCAAGCGCCAAUGAAAUCUUUGCAAGUAAAAAUAUUUUUUUGUGUGUGAUUGCGAAUACCAGAAAAGUGUCUCCUUUGUAUAAAUAAAUAAAUACAACGAAGAUGAACACACCCCAAUCUGAAUGUAGCAGUCUAUGUUCUGAAUCUGUGUUGUGUGGAUUUUUUUUUAUAAUUAAUAGUGAAAUAUUUGUAAUGUAUUUGUUUAAAACCAGCUUUUGUUCAUGUGGAAUUUUCUUAGUGAGUUCAGUUUACACUACACAGUGCCAACAUUAGUUCACAAGUGUAUAAACUUUUUUCUCUCUCUCUUUGUGUCCUUCUGUUUUGUAACAAACAAUUAAAUGUUUCAACAUGAAAAUUAACUCUGUCAGUGUUCAGAAUAAAUCAGAACCGCAAUGCUU